CAGUCUACUCUCUCCUCACUUCUCUCCUCGUCCAAACAUGUUGCCUGAGCGAUGCUGCGCGCCAGAGUGGAAAGCUUCCUGCCGGUGUCCGAAGCGCGCGCCAACGCUGCCACCCGGCCACCCGCUCUGAGUCUGAAGGAGCUCGGCGAGGAACAGGAGAAGGACAAGAAAGUGAAGCAGGCACCCGACGAGCAGAGGCAGGGCACCAGAUCUAUGUGGACAGGAGCCAUGCGCGGGAGGAGAUACCUGCUGGAGCGUGGCACGCGGGAUGGCGUAAACAGCGACAAAGAGGGCGCCAGGAGGCAGAGAUCGCCCGAUUGGCUUUACGAGUCUUAUUGCCGCAUGAGCCAGCAGCACCCGCUCAUCGUUUUCCUGCUGCUGAUUGUGAUGGGCGCCUGCUUGGCACUGCUGGCUGUGUUCUUUGGCUCUGGGUUGGACAUCGAGGCUCACGUCGCCUUUGUGAUCACCGUGCCCACAGCGCUGGCCAUCUUCCUCAGCAUCUUCGUCCUGGUCUGCAUCGAGUCAGUCUUUAAGAAGCUCCUGCGCCUCUUCGCCCUGGUCGUCUGGGCCUGCCUGGUUGCCAUGGGCUACCUCUUCAUGUUUUUCGGUGGCAUCAUUUGUCCCUGGGAUCAGGUGUCCUUCUUCCUGUUCAUCAUCUUCGUGGUGUACACCAUGCUGCCGUUCUCCAUGAGGGACGCCAUCAUCGCCAGCGUUCUCACCUGCUCGUCUCACACCGUCGUCCUCAGUGUGUGUCUCUCAGCCAUCAGCGAGAGCACAGAGCAGUUGGUGUGGCAGAUUUUGGCCAACAUAAUCAUUUUUAUCUGUGGGAACAUGGCAGGAGCGUACCACAAACACCUGAUGGAGCUAGCAUUGAAGCAGACCUACCACGACACCUGCAACUGCAUCAAGUUACCCAUCAAGCUGGAGUUUGAGAAACGGCAACAGGAGCGUCUGCUGCUUUCACUGCUGCCUGCUCAUAUAGCUCGAGUGAUGAAGGCCGAGAUCAUCCAACGGCUCCAGGGCCCAAACUUUGGUCAGGCAGAGAACACCAACAACUUUCACAACUUAUAUGUGCAGAGGCACACCAAUGUCAGUAUUUUGUAUGCUGAUAUUGUUGGCUUCACCCGUUUGGCCAGCGAUUGCUCUCCUGGUGAACUUGUCCACAUGCUCAAUGAGCUUUUUGGCAAAUUCGAUCAGAUCGCCAAGGAAAAUGAAUGUAUGAGGAUUAAGAUUCUUGGGGACUGUUAUUACUGUGUGUCUGGCCUCCCAGAGUCUUUACCUAACCAUGCCAAAAACUGUGUGAAGAUGGGCCUGGACAUGUGUGAAGCCAUCAAAAAAGUGCGAGACGCCACCGGCGUGGACAUCAACAUGCGAGUUGGGGUUCAUUCCGGCAAUGUCCUCUGUGGUGUCAUCGGCCUUCAGAAGUGGCAGUACGACGUUUGGUCACAUGAUGUGACUCUAGCCAAUCACAUGGAGGCUGGUGGUGUACCAGGACGUGUUCACAUCACCUCAGUCACUCUGGAGCACCUGAACGGAGCAUAUAAAGUGGAGGACGGUUACGGCCAUGAACGAGACCCUUAUCUGAAAGAGCAUGGCGUACUGACCUACCUGGUAAUCAACCCGAAGGCUGAGAGGAGGAGUCCACAGCAUCACUACAGACCCCGACACACCCUGGACGGUGCAAAGAUGAGAGCGUCAGUUAGGAUGACUCGCUACCUGGAGUCGUGGGGGGCUGCCAAGCCCUUUGCCAAUCUGCACCACCGAGACAGCAUGACCAACGAGAAUGGCAAAAUUAACACCUCUGAUGUGCCACUGGGUCAGUAUCACUUCCAGAGACGCUCAGAAAGAACAAAAUCUCAGAAGAAGAGAUUUGAGGAGGAGCUAAAUGAACGGAUGAUACGAACGUUUGAUGGUAUCAAUUCCCAAAAACAAUGGCUGAAAUCAGAGGACAUUCAGAGAAUAUCAUUGUUCUUUCACAACAAAACUUUAGAAAAGGAGUAUAGAGCAACGACCUUGCCUGCUUUCAAGUACUACGUCACCUGUGCCUGCUUGAUCUUCUUCUGCAUCUUCGUAGUUCAAAUUCUCGUCUUGCCAAAGACUGCUGUAUUGGGAAUCUCUUUCGGAAUUGCUUUCCUAAUCCUCUCCGUGAUUCUGCUCAUCUGCUUUGUGGGCCAUCUCUUGCAUUGCAGUAAGACAUCAUCGGCUUCGUGGCUCUGGAUUCUCCGAUCCUCUGUCAUCAUUGCGAACAAGCCGUGGCCUCGUCUCACUCUGACCAUGGCCACCACCACCCUCAUCCUCGUCAUGGCUAUCUUCAACAUGUUCUUUCUGCAGGACAACCUGACACAUCAUCUCCCAAUUUAUAAUAUAUCCAACGAAACACUAUUUCAACCUGAUGGCCGUCCGGUAGCUUCCCUGGAGAAGAAUAAUUUCUACCUUCCUUACUUCAUCUACAGCUGCAUCCUGGGCCUUAUCUCCUGCUCCGUGUUCCUGAGGAUCAACUACGAGCUGAAGAUGCUCAUCAUGCUGAUGGCUGUUGUGGCCUACAAUGUCAUCAUCCUCCAGACACAUGCCUCGUUACUCGACGAAUACAGCAAAUUCUUAUACAAAGACAAGGUCCUAGACAGGCCAGGAGUGCUGAAGGAUCUGAAGACAAUGGGUUCGGUGUCACUUUUCAUAUUUUUCGUCACCCUGCUUGUGCUAGCCAGACAGACUGAAUAUUACUGUAGGUUGGACUUCCUGUGGAAGAACAAGUUCAAGAAGGAGUGUGAGGAGAUCGAAACCAUGGAGAACCUCAACCGCGUUCUGCUGGAAAACGUCUUGCCUGCUCAUGUGGCAGAACACUUCCUGGCCCGAAACUGGAAGAACGAGGAUCUGUAUCACCAAUCCUAUGACCUGGUCUGCGUGAUGUUCGCUUCCAUCCCGGACUUCAAAGAGUUUUACACAGAGUCAGAUGUUAACAAAGAAGGUCUCGAGUGUCUCAGGCUGCUGAAUGAAAUCAUCGCUGACUUUGAUGAGUUGCUCUCCAAGCCCAAGUUUAGUGGAGUUGAGAAGAUUAAGACCAUCGGAAGCACAUACAUGGCAGCUACAGGGUUAAACGCCACACCCGAACAUGCACAGGAGCAUGACAGACAGUACAUGCACAUCGGCACCAUGGUGGAGUUCGCCUUUGCGCUGGUCGGGAAGCUCGAUGUCAUCAAUAAGCAUUCCUUCAACGACUUCAAGCUAAGAGUCGGUAUUAACCAUGGCCCUGUGAUUGCGGGUGUCAUCGGAGCCCAGAAACCACAAUACGACAUCUGGGGCAACACAGUGAAUGUAGCGAGCCGAAUGGACAGCACAGGAGUGCUCGGGAAAAUACAGGUGACGGAGGAGACGAGUCGCGUCUUGCUGACACUCGGCUACAUGUGCUCAUGCCGAGGAAUCAUCAACGUCAAGGGCAAAGGGGAGCUCAAAACCUAUUUCGUCCAUACGGAGAUGUCCAGGUCGCUUUCGCAGGGGAAUGUAAUGCCGCUAGCCGACGAGCUCAACAAAGUCAAUUAAGAACGUCGAAUGCCAGAGACGGUUGUAAAUAAUCUCGCCUUGUCCUUUAGAUGCACGAGAUCUUGGAUGUAUGUCAAGCGAUAGCAUUCCGGUAGUUUCUCCUAAGCAGGAUUUGUGCACAGGGUACAACAUGUAAGUACAGUAGCAAUUAUUUUAUAAGAAAACUAAAUACAAACAAAAAGUGUUUUGAUGUAUUAAUGCCAUUGUUUAUUUUUUUUCCAUUUUGUAAAAAUAAAAAAGUUUUUUUUUCUUUUUUGUAAAAACUUAAUCAUUAAACUUUAUAUGUACUUCU